AAAGAGAGUAGAAGAAGAAUACGAAUAAUCCCAACUAUUUUAUCUCUCCUCUCUUGGCGUUCCGUGUUCCUCCCCUUUUCCUGGAUCCACGAACCCUAGAGUCCAGAAUUCUUCCCCAAUUCCCCAAAUUCGCCCACCACCUCUGCAAUUUCAUCCAUAUCUGUAUAUUUUCGAUUUCCCUAAGAAGGCAAUUUCUUUUCAAAAUCUUCAAAGUAAGAUAUGGACGAUAGCUGUGCUGUGUGUGCGGAUACCCUAGAAUGGGUUGCCUAUGGGCCGUGUGGUCAUCGAGAUGUUUGUUCUACUUGCGUCGCUCGCCUUCGAUUCAUCUGCGACGAUCGCCGUUGCUGUAUUUGUAAAUCCGACUGCAACAUCGUCUUCGUCACCAAGGCUUUGGGGGAUUAUACUAGAGUGGUGAGUGACUUUUCGAAGUUGCCAUCGCAAGUGAAGGAGGGCCAGGUGGGUUCUUACUGGUAUCAUGAAGACACUCAAACUUUUUUCGACGAUGCUGAACACUACAAGAUGAUCAGGGCAAUGUGCAGGCUUUCCUGUAACAUUUGUGACAAAGCUUCUGCAGAGGAACAACCUCAGCAAGAUGGGGGUUAUAGGAAGAGGCAGAGGUUCAGAAACAUUGGCCAGCUUAAGGCUCACUUAUCUCAUCAACAUCGUCUCUUUAUGUGUGAUCUUUGUUUAGAAGGAAGAAAGGUAUUUAUUUGCGAGCAAAAUCUAUAUACUAGAGCACAGUUGAAUCAGCACAAGAGAACAGGUGAUUCAGAGGUAGAUGGCACAGAAAGUGAAAGGGGAGGUUUUUCUGGGCACCCUGUGUGUGAAUUCUGUCGAACCUCAUUAUAUGGAGAAAAUGAACUGUAUACUCAUAUGUCAACUGAACACUUUACUUGCCAUAUUUGUCAAAGGCGAAAUCCUGGUCAAUAUGAAUACUUUAAGGAUUAUGAUGACUUGGAGAACCACUUUCGUCACGAUCACUUUCUGUGUGAAGAUGAAGCAUGCCUUGUGAAGAAGUUCAUUGUAUUCCAAUCAGAAUCCGAGAUAAAGAGACAUAAUGCUUUGGAACAUGGAGGCCGCAUGUCUAGAUCGAAGCGUAAUGCUGUUCUCCAGAUACCAACUAGUUUUAGAUACCGAAGUAAUAAUGAAUCUGGACAACACCGCGGACGUAGACGGUCUUUCCGUCUUGAAUCUUCUCAGGACACAGAGCUUAGUCGGGCCAUUGAAGCCAGUCUCGAUAGAGUUAAUGCCAGUGAUUCUGUGGCUGGUCCAUCAGCAUCAUCAGCUGCUGAACCAUCACUUCAUGCUGGUUUAGAAUCAAGCGACCUUGAUCCCCUUGUACAGCCGUUUGACUCACUAAGCACUACUGAUGAAUUAUCUUCAAGGUACCGUCAGGCUGUGUCUCAUACUGCAGCUGAUGCAUCUCUAGUAGGAUCUUCAUUUCCUCCCUUGUCAACUGCAUCCAGCAGCAGCCAACAAAAAUCUCAACAAGUUUCCCAAAAUACUAUGGCAGCUCACCUUCGUCGCAAAAACAAGUCCUCUAUUCUUAAUGUUGCCCAGCCUAGGCUUGCUAAUAGCCGUGGGCCUGCUCCGACUACAUCAGCUGCUUGGCCUGCUCCUGCUAAUAAUCGUGUUGCUGUUGCUGCUCCUGCUCCUAUUCCGGCUCAUAGUCGUGUGCCGGUUCCUGUUCUUGCUAAUAGUCGUGGGCCUGCUCCAGCAACUUCAGCUGCUUGGCCUGCACCUGCUCCCUCUGCUGGCUCUAGCCAAGUCAAGCCAGUAAAUGGCAAUAUGGGUGGUUCAUGGGGUGCGAGAAACUUGGGGAGUAGCAAUCGCUUGAGCCACUCUAACUCUGCUCCUAAUCUCGUUGACAGUAAAUCUUUUGAUCCGGCAUCUGAUUUCCCCCCAGUGUCAGCAGCACAGCCCAACAGGUUGCAAUCUACUGCCCAAAGGCCCCAAACUAAAAAGAUAGAGGAUGUCCAAACUGCAAAUAAGUCUUUGGUAGAGAGGAUGCGAGCUGCACUUGAUUAUGAUGAAAACAAAUAUAAUGCUUUUAAGGAGAUCUCUCAAGAGUAUCGGCAAGACCUAAUUGACACGUGGGAAUAUAUACAAUAUGUGAAGCAGUUUAACUUGACACACCUUGUUCCUGACAUGGCUAAAAUAUGCCCUGAUAUUCGGAAGCAAAAGGAACUCAUUGAGGCCUAUAAUGCUACUACUUGUAAGAGUAGUGGAGGACAGGAGACAUUUUGGGGCAGUGACAACCUUCAGUUAAAAGGAAGCAGUAGUAGCUCAAGGAAGGACAAAGGAAAGAAGGUGAUUGACCGCCCAAAGGAGACAUUAGCAGAUAGCGUCAUGAAUACAGUGAAGACUUUGCAGACCCAACUCAAGCCUUUUGAAGGAGAAGCAGAAGUCUUGGAAAAGGAUGGCUAUCGUUCUAGCAAAGGGAAAUCAACUGUAGCACUGGAUGGAAUGCCAGGUGGCAGUAACCAGCAUCUUCCUGCACAAGGGACUAGAAAUACCACUUCAGUAGAUGGAGGAACUAAGCAGAAAAAGAAGACCCCAAAAUAUAUCAGAGUUCGCCUUGGUGAGAACUAUGAUGCAGCAGAAUUUGAUGUCGAUAACUCUUCUACUGAUCCCAAUUCAGCAGUGCCAUCUGGACGCGGUGGUGUUUGGCGUACUGGAGGUGCUCAAAAACUGUUUGCAAAAUGAUGAUUGUUUUGAUAUAACUUUUGUAGACUUGGAAAGUAAUAUUGAGAUUUGAGAUAGUUGUCUGCCUUUUCCUUCCAUGCACUGAUCAGAUCAUUCAUGGAAGUAUUUUGGCCUCUUGUGCAGCAUAUGUUGUGUUUUGGUUUUGAAGUUCAGUUUUUUUAACCUAUGAGUUGAAACAAAGCUCAUGAAAAGGCCUGUCAUGAUACCACAAUUGUCUAUACAUAAAUUUAUACGGAGUACUUCUGAGGAAUAGAAAUUUAUUCCUGA